CAUCGCGAACGUAUCUUCGCGCUUACGUCUAUUCGCGAAUGAUAGCCGGUGGUAACAUACACGUGUGUUGCGCGAAAAAAGCGAAUAUGAUGGAAAACAUAUGUUACCAUCAUUGAGAAACACUGAAAUUUUUUCCACCUGACGUCAUCGCGCACAUGAUAACUUUCGCGCCAUAUUUAUCAUAGAAAUUCCAACGAUUACAAAUUCCUUAAUAGAAAUUUCUCGCGUGUACAAUAAAUAUUUCAUUAUCAAAGUCGGCGAAUAAUUUCAAUAGUUUCGCAUUUCUUUCUAUAAUUUUUUUGAUAAGCUAAUAAUCCAAACUUUCCUAAUGACGGUAAUUACAAUGAUGAUAAAUUAAAUGAAAUAAAAUUGUUAAAAUUAAAUAUAGAAUUUGAAGAAAAAAGUAAGGAAUACAAUAGCAGAGAGAAUAUAAAAGCAAAAAAUGGUAGCUGCAUCGGAAAGAGGAUACUUCCAUUGGAUCGAUUGGUUGGUGUUCGCACUUAUGCUCUUCGUGUCUGCCAUAGCUGGCUUAUGGCACUUCAGAAGUGCGCAAAAGUCGGACACAAGAGGCUACCUGCUCGGAGGAAGAAGCUUAGGACUCUUUCCGGUGACCGCCUCUCUCGUUGCCAGCUUCAUAUCAGGCGUGACGAUCCUGGGUACUCCAACAGAGAUUUACAACUUCGGCACGCAAUACUGGAUCACGAUCAUCUCGAUUUUCUUUUCCGGUAUCGUGGUCGCCAUCGUGUACCUUCCUGUCUUUACCACCUUGCAACUUAACUCUGUUUAUGAGUACUUGGAAAUCCGAUUCGAUCGGAGCGUGCGGAUCCUCAUUUCUUUGAUUUUCGUUUUUGAUGCGGUUCUUUAUCAAUCGAUCGUAAUCUACGUCCCCGCGCUGGCAUUAAAUCAAGUCAGCGGUAUCAAUAUAUACGUGGUCGGAACCAUUGUAUGCUUGGUCUGUGUUUUUUAUACCGUCUUGGGUGGUAUUCGAGCUGUGGUUUGGACAGACGCGUUGCAAGUCGGGGUGAUGAUAGCGGCAGCUAUCUCAGUCACUGCUCUAGGCACCUAUCAGAUGGGAGGAAUGUCUGAGAUUUGGAAUAAGGCCGUUAUAGCCAAACGUAUCGAAUUUCUAAACUUUGAUCCGUCACCCUAUACAAGGCAUACUGUUUGGACGGUGCUGAUUGGUUCUUGGUUAUACUGCACCGCGUACAUUGCCGUCAAUCAAACUAUGGUGCAACGAUAUAAAUCAUUAGAAACUAAGAAGAAAUCGCAAUUAUCCAUCGCGAUAUUCACCAUCAGCGUAAUGGUGUUUAUUUCAAUAUGCUGUUGGUGCGGAUUAGUCCUCCUUGCCUGGUGGUCGCCACCGAAAUGUGAUCCAAGAGUUUCUCGCUUAAUUACGGCCGACGAUCAAUUGCUGCCGGCUUAUGUCAUGGAGAUUGCAGGUGACCUACAUGGAAUACCUGGCCUUUUCAUUUCCGGAGUUUUUGGCGCAGCACUGAGUUCCUUAUCGGUAGGCUUCAACUCGACGUCCGUUGUGAUUCUAGAAGACUUUGUUAUGGGUUGUUUUAAAAUGAAACUUAGCGAUCGUUGUGCCACUAUUUUCGUGAAAAUCCUUAUUGUCUUCUUCGGUCUACUGGCAUUAAGCUUCCUUUUCCUGAUCGAGAAACUAGGGGGAGUUUUAUCUGUGACCAACAGUUUGGCUGCUAUCGCUGCUGGGACUUCUUUCGGUGUUUUCACUCUGGGAAUCUUAUUUCCGUGGGCAAACUCCAAGGGGGCCUUUAUUGGUGCCAUUGCAGGAUUUAUGAUGUCUGGAUGGGUUAGUUUUGGAGCAAAUGCGGCUAUCGGUUCUGGUCUCGUGGUGCCACACAAACUUCCAGUUCCCUCUUGCACCGGAGAUAAUGACUAUGUCUUCGUAAAUAAAUCCCAGUUAAUAAGCGAAGACAAUGUGUUUCCAUUAUAUCGGUUGUCUUACCACUGGGUUGCCCCUGUUGGCACCUUGGUAGUACUAGUGAUAGGCGGGUUAGUCACCUGGAUAACAGGUGCAAUGGAUCCCUCAUCGAUCGACAAGAAUCUGCUCUCUCCAGUGAUUCAUAGAUGGCUACCUCGACAGAAAUAUCAAAAUGAUAUAAACGAGUUGUGUAUGUCAAUACCGACAGAUUCGCCUAUACCAAUAUCAACGAAUUUAUUAUCGGUCAUCCGCCGAAAAUCCCUUCCUAAUAUUUUUCCGCAAAAAGAAGAGGCGAAUAAAUCAUCAUGAUAAAUCGAUAAAUAUACUAAACUAGGACAAUCGCGCAAAUUUUUAAAUUUUUCCUAUAGUUUGAUAAUGGCCGUUUUUAUGCUUCAUCGCAUUUAUAUAAAAAUUAAGUAGGAAUGUAUGUACAUUUAUAUAAAUAUAUAUAAGAAUGUAUAAAAUAAAUCUCCGAUUCCGUUAAAAUUAAAA